UAAGCGCCAAAUUAACGUUGACUUUAUGAAAAAUGACAAGUCCCUCUACCAAUGCUCAGUUAUUCCGCAGUCUAUUAAAAGAACUACGUUAUAUUUAUUCAAAGCAGAACGUAACAGAGUGUCCAACAUACCAGUUUAUGUUAGAACAGUUUAAAAAUCACAAAGUAACAAGUGAAAAGUACUGUCAGGGGAAACAUGAUGUAGUACAUGUAGCUGAUACUUAUUUAUGUCUACUUCAGAGUACUAGAAAGCAUCAGGAAUUAACAGAAAUGUAUGGAGGAAAAGGAGAAAGAAGUAUUGAAGCUAGUGCUAACAUUGUAGGACUGAAACUACCUCAACAAUAUGAUCCUAACAAUUCAUAGUUAUGAUAUAUAUAUGGUCUCAUCAUAGCAGAGAAUGAAUAAAGCCAUUGUCUAAUGGUCUGUCUUGACUUGCAGUGCUUUGUUACAUAACACAUGUAGUUUGCAUUACAUUUGUUUUACUCUAGAUACCCUGAUUUAACCUAGGAUUAGUACAGAAAUGAUUGUUGGGAAAAUCUCCUAACCAAUAUCUAAAAUGAUGAUUUAUUAUGAAUUUAUGAUAUAAUGUUGAUUUGA